AUGGUUGACAAAUCCAAUUUUACACCGCCGGGUAUCACUACGACGGCCGCCAACCAGGCUCAGAAGGCAAUGGGAGACAGACCAACCACUACAACCAAUGAGCCAAAUUUUCGCGACGGAGAGUCUCAGCUUACCCUUCAGUGGUACGGCAACAAGGAUGUUCGCGUCAAGGAAUCUGGUGUUCCAGCUAUCACAGAACCAACCGAUGUAAUUGUUAAAGUUACUGGUACCACAGUAUGUGGCUCCGAUUUACAUUUGUACCACAAGGAGAUCAUGCAACUGCAGCGUGGUGAUAUUCUAGGACACGAAUGGAUGGGGAUAGUCGACGAAGUCGGAUCUGCAAUCACAAAUGUCAAGAAGGGCGAUCGUGUUGUUGCUUCUUUCCAAAUUGCAUGCGGGACAUGUAAAUUCUGCAAAGAGGGUUUGUCAUCCAUGUGCGACAAGACCAACUCAUCUUCAGUACAAGAAAAGCUAUACGGCAAGCCAUUUGCUGGUCUCUUCGGAUAUAGUCACUUCGCAGGUGGCUUUGCUGGAGGACAGGCCGAAUGGGUCCGCUGCCCAUAUGGUGAUACCAACUUGUUGAAAAUUCCCGACAGCGUUCCAGAUGAGAAAGCACUUUAUCUUUCUGAUAUCAUCCCUACUUCCUACCACUCGACGGUAUGUGCCGACGUCAAAGAAGGGAAGAGUGUUGCCAUUUGGGGUGCCGGCCCAAUUGGACUUCUCGCGGCGAAAUGGUGUAAACUUGCUAAGGCCUCAAGAGUUAUUGUCAUUGACAAUGUACCUGAGCGUUUAGCUUUGGCUCGUGACACAAUCGGUACGGAUGUUAUCAACUUCGAUGAGGAGAAGGAUGUUGUCUCUGCUAUUUACAAGUUGGAGCCCGACGGAGUUGAUUGUGGAAUUGACGCGGCCGCGUUCAGAUACACAAAGGGAAUCCUUCACACUGUCCAAAGAGCUGUCGGACUGGAGACAGACUCUUCUGAAAUCGUUAACGAAGCUUUACGAGCAGUCCGAAAGUUUGGUACCAUCUCCUUGGUUGCUGAUUAUGCAGCCCUUACAAACCAGUUUCUGAUCGGUGCCCUUAUGGAGAAGGGAAUAACUCUCCGAGGAACAGGCCAAGCACCAGUCCAGAAGUACUGGCAUGAGUUGUUGGAGAAGAUUGAGAGCGGAGAGUUCGACCCUACAAUCAUCCUCUCGCAUCGUUUCAGCAUUGAAGAGUUUAGCGAGCUGUACGAAGCAUUCGACAAGAAAGAGAUGGGUAUCAUGAAGACUUUCGUCCAGACGAAGUUCUCUGGUCCACCAGCACCUGGCACGCCUCCGUUGUCCAGCCUCAGGGCAAAAGAUGUUAAGCCUUCUGCCGUUGUCUAA